AUGGCCGCCAGCGAAGCCGCCGUCUCCUCCGCCCUCGGCGCGAAGGCCGAACGACGGUCGCCUCCCCCGACCACGCAAUCGAAGCGAGACCGCAAGCGACAGGCAGUCUUGGAGCGGCUCGCCGCCUUGAACGACAAGUUCCAAGAUGACAAGGACUCGACCUACCGCGACCAGCUCCAAAAGAUCCAGUUCGAGAUCAACCACAUGCAAAAAUUCGACCCCUACGCCGAUGACGCUCUCGACGUCGCUUCUCGGCUCCAAGAUGAAUACAACCAGACCAUGGGCACGCCUAUGCACGCUGAGUCCGCCAGAAGUCUCAUGGACAUGGCCGGCGUCCAGCUGCCCCAGUUCAUGUCCGACAUUCAGGACCUGUGGGAGAUUCGCGACUUCUCCCUCACCCAGGCCAAGAACGAAUACGAGCGCAAGGUACAAGAGUUCCAAAACACAUUCACGUUCAAGAUGGAGACGGCCAAGCGCGAGCACGAGGCGCUCAACAGCACCAUGCGGGACCGCCUGAUCAACCAGCUCACCAACAAGAAGAACCGCCUUGUUAAGGAGAAGGAGGCCUUUGAGAUUAGUGAGACCAAUGCGCUGCUCCUCCAUCCUUCACAGUUCAGCCUCGCCAACCCGGGCAGCCCCGGCGGCCACCCGGGCAAGCGCACGACGCGCAACCGCAAGGAGGCCGACGACUUCUCCGAGGGCAAGAAGCGAAAGCGCAAUGGCGGCGAGGACGAUGGCUCCCCCGCGCCGUCGCGCCGGGCUCUGGACCCGAACAACACGACGCCAUUCUGGCAGUCGGAGAAGAUGCGCAACGAGGCCAAGAAGCGCGGCGCCGACUACAGUAUUGGGAGCCUCUUCACCGAUAAGGAACUGUCAAUGCACUACAAUACAGCCGCCCUCGCCGCCCACAAGUCCAUGGUGCGUCAUCGCGUCACGGGCAGCGACUCGUCGCCCGAGGAUAGCGACUCUGGUGACGGCGAGCAAGCUUCUUCGGCUGCUAUGGAGCGACAAGUCUCGCAUCAAACUAGGAGCACUCGGGGCAACGCCAACCAGAACUUCGUCGACGAUAAGCUUCUCGGCAUCGAGGGUGUUGCGAACUAUGAGCUUCCUGCCAAUCUGGACCUCAUGCACUCCCAGGUGGAUCCCAAGAUCCCGGUCGGCCAGCCGAGCUACUACCUGAAGACGUCUCUCAAAGCCAGCAGCGAGAACAGCGCCAUCCCUCAGACGCGCGACGACGACUUCAAGGCGGACAUGCAGGUAAUCACGGCCCUCAAGCACUACGACCACACCCGAAAACCGGGCAGCCACCUGGACAACCCCAAGGGUCCUCGCAAGACCUUUGAGACGGUCUCAACGCCCUACAAGUCGGGCAAGUACAUGGGCUUCGCGGCGUUGGCCCGCGACCCGGCCGAGUUGGAGAACUACGCCGAAGUCCUCGAGGAUGCCGCACCGGCCACCAGCAGCCUGCGAGAGACCCUGCAGCCGGCCAGCCGGCAGAGCAGCGUCGGCGGCGUGGCCAUGAGCCGCCAGGGAACGGCCGGCAGCGGCCGCGGCAAGCCGCGCAGGUAUUGA